AGUCUACCUUACUACACAUCGAACGAAAGACAGUAGCUUCAUAACCCAAGCGGCACUCCCUCAUUCGAGUUUCGACCGCCGUGUCGAUUCUCUUCGGCGCGUGCGCCUCUGUUCCGGAUGCUGCAGGUUCACAUGCUUUUUCUUGAGAGACAUUAUGAUUGAGAGGGUAUUUAUGCGCCGACUGCUUCACGGGAUUUCCAAAAGUUCAACUCUUCCUCGGUCCUUCAUCCUUUGGCGAAAUCCUUUACUACAUUUCUCUUCUUCUGAGUCCAGCCACCUGGAAUCUCAACUGCGACACCAAGAACAAGAGUGCUCUAGCUCUGGUUACUCUAUUGGGUCCCCUGCUCGGGUCCAGAAGCUCAUAGCCUCUCAAUCAGACCCCCUCCUUGCAAAAGAAAUCUUUGACUUUGCCUCUCGUCAACCGGAUUUCCACCUCUCUUAUGCUUCCUUUCAAAUUUUAAUCCUCAAACUGGCCCGUGCAAAGCAGUUCACCCUCGUUGACGAUGUUAUCAUUCGCCUUAAAUCCAGUCGUUACUCUGUCACUCCUUCUCUCUUUUUGAACCUUAUAAAGAUCUAUGCGGAUGUGGAUAUUCCUGACAAAGCCCUUAAGACCUUCUACACUAUGCUUGAAUUCAACUGUAAGCCUUCGCCCAAACACCUAAACUGCAUUCUUGAAGCACUCGUUUCUCACCGGAACUACAUCCGCGCAGCUUUUGAUCUCUUCAAGAAUGCUCACAGACAUGGAGUCUUGCCAAACACUAAGUCGUACAACAUUUUAAUGCGCGCCUUCUGUUUAGAUGGUGAUCUCAGUAUUGCCUACUCUUUGUUCAAUCAAAUGAUUAAGAGAGACCUUCUUCCGGAUGUGGAGUCGUAUAGAAUUUUGAUGCAGGGGUUGUGCAGGAAAAGUCAAGUUAAUACAGCAGUUGACUUGUUGGAGGAUAUGCUGAAUAAGGGCUUUGUCCCUGAUGCCUUGAGUUAUUCUACCUUGUUGAAUGCUUUAUGCAGGAAAAAGAAGCUUAGGGAGGCCUACAAGCUUCUUUGUAGGAUGAAAGUCAAGGGCUGCAACCCUGAUAUUGUACAUUACAAUACAGUUAUAUUAGGGUUUUGCAGGGAGGGGCGUGCAGCUGAUGCUUGUAAAAUACUUGAAGACAUGCCAUCAAAUGGCUGUAUGCCAAAUUUGCUGUCUUAUCGCACGUUGGUUGGUGGGUUAUGUGAUCAAGGAAUGCAUGAUGAGGCAAAGACUUAUGUGGAGGAAAUGGUAUCAAAGGGUUUUUCUCCACAUGUUUCAGUCUCCCAUGGCUUGAUUAAAGGCUUCUGCAAUGUUGGUAAGAUUGAAGAAGCUUGUGGAGUAGUUGAGCUGCUGUUAAAGAAUCGGGAAGCACCUCACAGCGAUUCCUGGCUUAUAAUUUUAGAAAUGAUAUGUGAGGAAAAUGAUAAGGUGAGAACCCAAAAUGCUUUACAAGACAUUUUGAAGAUGGAGAUAACACGCCACACAAGAAUAGUUGAUGCUGCUGCCUACUUGGAGGGAUACGUGAUUGGGAAGAUACGAGCUAAAUCAAGGAGACAGUGAAUGUUCUGGUACAUCAUCCAUCAAUCUCUAUAUGGGAUGAUAUCUGGUGGAACCUUAUUCUUUCAAAGCUCUCCAUAUUAUUCAGCCAAGCUCCCUGUCAAGAUGUUCCUGGUAGAACAGGCAGGCAUUGUUUUCAAAAGUAGACUGGAAUGGCAAGUUCAAACAGGUGAACCAACGCUUGUCUUUAUCAUCAACCCUCUGUAGUCAAAACUCAGUCGGAACCUAACAGUGAUAGAUGGGGCGUGAUUCAGAGACAGGGAGGUGAGGCAAUAGCCAAUUUGCAUGUGAUGCAGCUACUCCAUCCCGAGAGAAUAAGCCUAAAAACAUGCUCAAAGACGGCGAGAUAUUUCAUGCGGAACUGGUGGCUUGUUGGGAAGUCUCUUUUUAUGGUUCUUAGAAGUUCUGGGAUGACAAAAAUGCAAUGUUGGUGCAGGCAAAAUCAUAGCCAUGUAAAUCAGGGUGUAAUAUGGCAGUUACUUGGUAUGGCAGAGAACGAUGUUUAUUUAAAGGAAUCUUGUAAAUUCACAGAAGUCAGUUUAUCAAAAGAAGUUUGAUAAUAAAAACAGAGAAAGUUCUUCGCUA